AUGGGAGUCGAUCUCGACGACAUAAAACCAUCCUCCAUAACAUUAACCGGCUUCAACGGAUCCUCCGAAACAAUACUGGGAACAAUCCACCUUCCGGUACGCGCAUGUGGAGUCACUCGAACUGUCAAGUUUGCCGUUGUAAGAACGAAGGCCCCUUACCACGCUAUACUCGGAACCCCCUGGAUACACUCAAUGCAGGCCAUUCCAUCUACUUAUCACCAGUGUGUCAAGUUCCCCGGUACGGACGGAAAAAUCAAAACACUGCGAGGAGAUCAAAAAGCCGCUAGGGAACUCCUAGUCGCCACAGUUAAACUCCAACGAUCGUCUUUAUUGGUUAACUCCAUUUCUCCUCCAACCUAUAAAGCCUGCUCCCAGGAAGGUGAAGUUCUCGAGUUACCUAUUGACGAUUCCGAUCCAAGCCGGACCGCAAGGAUUGGUGCGUAUCUGUCUGAAGAUAUGCAGCGGUCAGUUCUCAACUUUCUCAAGGCGAAUGUGUCCACAUUCGCGUGGUCCAUGUCAGACAUGAAAGGAUUUGAUCCGGCCAUAACAACUCACGAACUAAACGUCGACCCGGCAUUCAAGCCUAUCCAGCAGAAGCGACGCAAGCUCGGUCCCGACAGGUCAAAGGCUGUAAACGAAGAGGUCGAGCGGUUGCUCGGUGCUGGCUCAAUUGCUGAGGUGCGCUAA